GGUGUGAGCAUGCUGAAUGUCUUCCUGAAGUCGCGUCAUGGAGAGCACGAGAGACCCGAGUUCGUCGCUUACCCCCAUCUCCGCAUCAGGUCCAAGCCCUUUCCCUGGGGAGAUGGUAAUCAUACUCUAUUCCAUAACUCUCACAUGAAUCCACUUCCAACCGGCUAUGAAGAUGAAUAGAGA